GUCCCUGAUGGUGGAUGCAUCCAAGAUCGACUACGAAGAGUUAGAGAAACAGGACUUUUCUUACACCCUGACUGUGGGGGCAAUUGACAUGCCGGAUACAGGGAGGGUAAACGUAGGGAAAGCAACUGUUGUGGUCGAGGUCCUACCGGUCAAUGAAUUCUAUCCAAAGUGGACGUCUCCAAAGCUUCAAGCCAACUCUUUCAGUUUUGAAGACAAAGCUAUUCUUAUGCACGACCCAGUUGGAACCAUAGUGGAAACGUUCAGAGCGAAAGAUGAUGACAAGGGUAAAGAUGGAACUGUAACAUACAGAAUUAUAUCAGUCAAAUCAGAUAAGGGUGAAGACGUGGGUAAUCACUUCUUCAUGGACAUGUAUUCUGGACAGCUGAAGAAGGCAUCUCACUUUGAUAUAAAAGCCGUGUCGUCUUCUUUUGACAUUACAGUACAGGCAAUUGAUGGUGGAAGUAGUCCAAAAAGUGUGAAUGGAAAAUUAAAAGUAUCUCUAGGAUUCGAUAGUGCUGUUGGAGCUGGUGCAGGCAGGGUAGUAGGAAUGGGGGGUGCAGGAAUGGGAGGUGCAAGGAUGGGAGGUGCAGUAAUGGGAGGUGCAGUAAUAAGAGGUACUGGUGCAGGUGAGGCAGCAGGAAUGGGAGGUGCUGGCAGAGCUGGUGCAGGUGGGGCAGUAGGAAUGGGAGGUGCUGGCAGAGCUGGUGCAGGUGGGGCAGUAGGAAUGGGAGGUGCUGGCAGAGCUGGUGCAGGUGAGGCAGUAGGAAUGGGAGUUGGUGGUGGAUCUGGUGCAGGUGGGGUAGUAGGAAUGGGAGGUGCUGGCGGAUCUGGUGCAGGUGGGGUAGUAGGAAUGGGAGGUGCAGGAAUGGGAGAUGCAGGAAUGGGAGGUGCAGUAAUGGGAGGUGCAGGAAUGGGAGGUGCAGUAAUGGGAGGUGCAGGAAUGGGAGGUGCAGGAAUGGGAGGUGCAGGAAUGGGAGGUGCAGGAAUGGGAGGUGCUGGCGGAUCUGGUGCAGGUGGGGCAUUAGGAAUAGGAGAUGCAGGAAAGGGAGUUGGUGGUGGAGCUGGUGCUGGCGCGGGUGGAGAAGCAAGAAUGAGAGGAGGGAUGAGUGGUUCCUUGGGAGUUGGUUCGGGUAGAAUAGGAGGUGCAGGAGUUGUAGAUGGUGGCGGGGCUGGUGCAAGUGGAGCAGCAGAAAUGGGAAAAGGAAUGAGAGCUGGUUCAGGAAUUGACAAAGGUAGAUUCAAUGAUAUGGGUAGUGAUAGUGUAUCAGGUAAGGGUGGUGAUGGUAGAUUUGGUGGCCACAGGGGACAAGGUGAAAUAGUUGGCAUUGAGAAAAAAACGGGAACAGGAACUGUACGGGGUGCUGGCGAAGCAGGUGGCAAUUGUGACAACGGUGGGUCUGGUUGCUUCAGAGGAACUGAUAAGCCCAGAGAUGGAUUGGGAAGGAGUGUCCACAUUUGUUCUACUGUAGCAUCUCAUAGAAACAACGAGAUAUGGGCUUUAAGGGGUGGUUAUGGCCUGCUGUUGUUUCUUGGAGCUUUAGGAUCACUGGCGGUUAUGUGGAAAAUUAAGAAGAAAACCAUUGCUGUAACACCAGCGAGUACUGCCAAUGGACUUGGCCUUCACGACUGUCCGGGGUUAGCGGAGUUCAAGGCUCCUGCGCCGAUUGAUACACACAGGUAGAAGCUAUUGGCGCCACGCUAUCUUUGAAAUAUGACGCGCCUAUUGAUGA